CUAACCACGACACGGAGAGGCCAUUGCAAUCCAUCGCCGCCGCCGCCGCCGCCGCCGUCCCCGCCGCCGGGUACGCCAUGCUCCGCCUCCGUGAGUGCGUCGUUUCCCGUCUCCUAUUUUCGCCCUCCACCUCUCCCAUCUGCUCUCUUCGCCGCCUGCUCUCCGCCACCGCGUCGCCCCACAUUUCCCCGAACCCUAGCAGCUUCGCCAUCGAGGAGUACCUCGUCGGCACCUGCGGGCUCACCCGGCCCCAAGCCCUCAAGGCCUCCACCAAGCUCUCCCACCUCAAAUCCCCCACCAAGCCCGACGCCGUCCUCACCUUCCUCGCCGGCCUCGGCCUCUCCGGCGCCGACGUCGCCGCCGUCGUCGGCAAAGACCCGCGGCUCCUAUGCGCCAAAGUGGACCAAACACUGGCCCCUAAGGUCGUCGGGCUUACUGGCCUAGGUCUCUCGCGUCCUGACAUCGCCCGCCUCGUCUCCCUCGCCCCCGAAUGCUUACGCUCCAGAAACAUCGUCUCCAAGCUGCGCUACUACCAGCCCCUCUUCGGCUCCUUCCACAGCUUCCUCCGGCUGCUCAAGCGCUCAUCCCACCUUGUGUCGUCGGACCUCGAUAAGUUGGUCAAGCCCAAUGUUGCCUUCCUGAGGGACUGCGGGCUAGGUGCUUGUGAUAUUGCCAAGCUGUGUAUCGCUGUGCCGAGGAUGCUGACCACCAACCCGGAGCGCAUCGGCGCAAUGGUGGCAUGUGCUGAAAGAUUAGGUGUACCUCGUGGUGCUGGGAUGUUCAGGCUAGCGCUACAGGCUGUCGCGUUUCUCACUGAGGAGAAGAUCGCCGCCAAAGUGGACUACUUGAAGAAUACAUUCAGGUGGUCUGAUGCCCAAGUGCGCGUUGCUGUGUGUGGCGCUCCGUUUGUGCUGAGGAAGUCCAAGGAAUCUCUGAAGCGUAGGUCUGAGUUCCUAUUCUCUGAGGUGGGACUGGAACCCGUUUACGUUGCUCAUCGACCGAUAAUUCUCUGUCUUAGCCUGGAUGGACGGGUCAGGCCCAGGUACUAUGUUCUGAAGUUCCUCAAGGAAAAUGGAUUAGUAGAUCGCGAGCUGAGCUUCCAUACUGCAGUCAUGAUGACUGAGAAGGUAUUUGUGGAGAAGCUCAUAUGCCCUCACAAGGAAGCCGCACCACACCUUGCUGAAGAUUAUGCAGCAGCUUGCAAAGGGGAAGUGCCUACUAAUUUCAGAUUUACAUGAACAAAAAAGGGCUAUGGAAAUUGGUUACAGCCUAUGGCACAGCAAAGUUAUCACCCUGUCUGUAAGCUGGUACUUCCUGUUUCGGUGUUCUUUGCCUAACAUGAUGUUGGCUGUUUUCUGUAGUAUGUUUGUUGCUAAAUGCUAACUCCCUAUGAAACUGAUAAUUUGUUUCCUGAACCCCUAUUUGUUGAUGUUGUCAUUCCUUAGAUUACAACUCUGUAAAUGAGAAGUUCAUGGAUAUAUUUGUGUUUUCGACUUCCA